AUGCAGCCAUUUUCACCAUUGGAACAUGAGUUGGAGUCUGUAAAACAUUUGAAGUUGAAAGACUCGUCAGUUGAACCUCCACCCUCCUUUAUUGAAGAGAGAAACACCAAUGAGCUAUUGAAAUACAACUUUUUAUCUCACAUGGCUCUGGACAUUUUUGAAUCGCCUUUUUUCGAACCACAGGAGAACAAUAGAUGCAGCCAGUUGUUCGUGGAAGACGGGGUUUCAGUCUUUGGACUCCUCACAAGCACUGGGCUGAAGAUAGUGGUGGGAACAGAUUCCAAGAUAGAUAUUUCAGAGAGACUGGAUCCAUUGUUUGCUCAGAUUCACAGAUCUUAUCUCCGGGUGAUAUUCAAUCCUUUCCAGUCGAUAGAUAAACAGGAUUUGAUGAUUAAUACACCCAAAUUUGACUCCACCAUUAAAACAAUAGUGGAGAAUUGGAACACCAAAAGUACUUAA